AUGAUGCUAUUGAGUACUAGAUUGCGUGGGAUGAGGAUCUUGGUAAGAAGCCACAUUCGAUUUUACAGAAAAAGAAGGUUACCGGUCGGUGGUCAUAUUCCAUCAAUGCGGGUUCCAGGUGACCUACCCAGCAAGAACGAGAAGAUGUUCAAUUUGAACUCAAAAAGCCCUGAAGAAUUUGAAAAGAAUUUGAAAGCAAUAGGAUUUGAAGAAAUCGAAACAAAGGAGUCUAACCAGGAUCUACUAUUAAGCUAUUUGAAGUAUGCUAAUGCAGGAUUUAAAAAAAGUACAAAAAACUUGAGAAAGCUGCAGAAACAACUAAAUGGACAACAGUUGAACGAUGACUCAAAACUUAAGUUGUUUUUUGACUACUUGGUAGAAGAAAGUGAAUUAGAGAUACGAAGGCUAGAAACAAUGAGCAAAAAUGACUUAGAGACAAAAUACAGAACGUUUGAUUACAAAGAGGCAAUAAAUAAACCUAUUGAAUCAGAGGAACAAUUAGAAGAAAAAAUCAUGGCCGGAAUGUUCAAAUCUCCAGGUGACAGUGAGGGGACGUACCUCACAAAUACAGACUUCAUAUACCAUAUUUUGACUGAUUUGAAUAAUCGAAAUGACCCAAAAUUUCUGUCCAUAGAACAGUUGGUGGAAGCCUUUGAGUUGGCAAAACUGGUUCCUAUUGAAGGAAGGCGCAAAAGAGGAAUUUUCCUUGCAGGAAACUUAAUAUAUAAGUUGGGUAACGUUAGAAUGGACCCAGUAAACGAGUCAUUCUACAUUGACUCGUUGGUCAAUUACGGUUCAUACAAAAAAGCAUUCAAUCUUUUUGAAAGCAACAGAGAGAAAGUUGAUCAUCGAUGGUGGUAUGAAAUGGGUAUGAUGAUAGCACUAAGGGCGAACUAUUUACGAAAGUUUGAUAAACUGUUAAGCUUGGCCGAUGAUAAAUUCAAUAGCUUCCCAUACGUCAGUCCUAAAGUUCUAAAGGUAGCCAUUAAAAAAAAGCUGUUCCUCAGGGACUUCGAUAGUGCAAAUAAACUGACCGAAAGAUUUCUGAAUAUCAUAAAUAGGAUGGGCUGUAAGAAACAAAACGAAACAAUGAAAGAAACACAAAAAAUGAUAACUUUUCAAUCAAGUGGUAAAGCAGAAGAGUUCUUGAAUGAAAUGGAAAUCCCCACCGAUUAUGAUUUCAUUAAUGUAAUAGAAUAUCAUCUUUUCAGGAAAAAUUUCGAUACUGCAUUCAGGUUGAUGGCUCGCUACCUUGAAACUCCAGGUAUGGAUGAGCAAAAUCACAAGUUUUUAAUCAUUCGAAUGAAACUGAAUCUUUUAAAAAACUGCGACGAUUUAAAACGAAGUUUAGAGCCGCACUUUGCCUCUGGAAACCCAGAGAAACUUUUAGCUGCUCUGGAAACGUCAUUUAAUCAGGUUGUUAAAGAGCUAAACCUAGCGUCAGCUAACUCUGAGGUUUUUCUUUUUGAUGAUGUCAAUUCACUGGUUUCGAGUACCGCUUUGAGAAAUAUCAUUGAAGAUUUUGUCACAAAGGACACUGCAGAUAUUAAUAAAAAUGUUAAUAAAGAUCUUCUCUCCAAGAGACUUCACUGUCUUUUGAAAGUUUUAUUAGCCAGUGGAAAAGAGGCCGAGGCUUUAAAAGUUUUAUCAAAGAUGGAAGAAACUCAUUCACAAUCUGGAGACCUCAGAGAGAUCGUUGAAAAUAGUAUUUUUUCAGAGAGUAACGCUCACCACUACGCCCAAUUUGUUGAAUAUUACACAAUACUGACGAUGAAAUCAUUAAGAAAGAAACGUUAUCAAUAUACAGUAAAAGUUUCAGAUAUAUUGAAAAGGAUGGAUAGGUUAAAAGUUUCUCCCAAUGCAGUCUUAUUCACCAGGCUAUUGGUUUUUUAUCGAGAAACGAAUAACUUCGAUAGAUGCUUUGAGUUGAUAAAUAAUGUUUUGAAAGUCAAACAGUUGAAAGACUCUGUGCCAGAUGCAAACAGAACCAAUAUUUACGGUAGAAGAGAUAUCACUCGACCGCUCUAUAUUGAGAUUUGGAAAGUUUAUUCGAAAUAUUAUAAAAUUUUCACCAAGGAAUUGGGAAGGGUCGAAAAAAAGUCAAAUUACGUGGCCUGGAAGAUGAAUACUUCUAAUAUUAUUCAGCAAACCAAUAUUCAUCCAGAAUUCUCAAUUCGCAGUAUAUUUUUCAACAUGAUUCAAACCGAUAAUAUCUUGCCGGAUGCUAGGCUUUAUUAUAUUAUUUUACUGGCAUUCAUGAGGCGUCGCGAUUGGUCUGCCAUACCUUCCAUUUUGACUUCAAUGUCAAAAGUACAUGAUCUGGAAAUAUCUGAAAGCUUGGUAAAGUAUUUCAUGAAGGGAUUAGAGAGAGAAUUCAUCUUAUUAGAUGGCAAAAGGAGGGAAGAACAAGGCUUGAAGCCGGAAGAAGCAAAAUUGAAGUCACGAGAAUCACUUCUUGGAUUCAAGAAGUUGGGCCAAAUAGUAACUCCAGAACCGAAGCAGCCGGAAACCGCAAGAAAACUAUUGGAGCAAAUGCAGUUUUUGUUUCAGUCUACGGAUGCAAAUGCAUAUUCAACAGCAGAAGUAAAUGCUGCAAAGAAAGACAUGGGAUUAUCCAUCUCCUGA